CGGCGGAGCGGCGCGGGGCGGCCGCAGCGCGGCGGGUUCGAAUCCCGGCGGCGCCGCGCCUGCCAUGAACUUCUCGGAGCCCUUCAAGCUCUCGGGGCUCUUGGGCCGCUUCUCCCCCGACGGGAAAUGCCUGGCCUCGUGUGUGCAGCACCGUUUGUUGGUUCGGGAUGCCAGCUCACUGCAGAUCCUCCACCUCUACACCUGUGUGGAUCAGAUCCAGUACCUGGAGUGGUCCUCAGACUCCCUGUUCAUCCUGUGUGCCAUGUACAAGCGGGGCGUUGUCCAGGUCUGGUCCCUGGAGCAGCCGGACUGGCACUGUAAGAUCGACGAGGGCUCCGCGGGAUUGGUGGCUUCAUGCUGGAGUCCGGACGGGCGUCACAUCCUCAACACCACCGAGUUCCAUCUGCGAAUCACAGUGUGGUCUUUGUGCACCAAGUCUGUGUCUUACAUCAAGUAUCCCAAAGCAUGCCAGCAAGGGGUGGCUUUCACCAAGGACGGGCGGUACAUGGCCGUGGCGGAGCGGCGCGACUGCAAGGAUUUCAUCAGCAUCUUCGUGUGCAGAAGCUGGCAGCUCCUCAGGCAUUUUGACACUGAAACCCAGGAUCUGUUUGGGAUUGAAUGGGCUCCCAAUGGCUGUGUGCUGGCAGUGUGGGACACGUGCCUGGAGUACAAGGUGCUGCUGUACUCCCUUGAUGGGCGGCUGCUCUCCUCCUACCGUGCCUACGAGUGGCCCCUGGGCAUCAAAUCCAUUGCCUGGAGUCCCAGCAGCCAGUUCCUGGCCAUUGGCAGCUUUGAUGAAAAGGUGCGUAUCCUGAACCACGUGACGUGGAAGAAGAUCACAGAACUUGAGCAUCCAGCAACCAUUGCCAGCAAACAGACUAUUGUGUAUAAAGAAGUGGAGAAAUCCCCAACUGUUGGCACAGAGAGACUUUCUUUCCCUCCAACAAGAGAAUUGGCUAGUUCUCUCUUCAGCACACAGAGUAAAUAUGACAUUUCCCAGGUGCCAGUUUCUUUACAGUACAUCAAACCAGUUGCUGACAGGGCAAAUCCCAAAGUGGGAGUUGGGAUGUUGGCCUUCAGUGCAGAUAACUGUUUCCUGGCAACCAAAAAUGAUAACAUUCCCAACGCUGUGUGGAUCUGGGACAUCAGGAAGCUGAAGCUGGCAGUGGUGUUGGAGCAGCUGUGCAGCAUCCAGUGUUUCCAGUGGGACCCCUGCCAGCCCCGCCUGGCUGUGUGCACGGGCAGCAGCAGAGUGUACCUGUGGUCCCCAGCUGGCUGUGUUGUCGUGCAGGUGCCUGGGGAAGGUGACUUCCAGAUCACGUCUCUCUCCUGGCAUUCCAGUGGGGACUCCAUGCUGCUCCUGAGUAAGGACAACUUCUGUGUGUGUUACUUGGAAAGAGAAGAGGUAAAAUAAAAUAACUAAAAUGCAUUAAAACUGCUCCCAAGUCUGAGGAAGAAAGAGGAAAGGAGUGAAAAUCUGUUGCCCAGUCUGAAGUGUUUGUAUUUAUAAGUUAUUUAUUUGAAGGAGCUCCAAGCUCAGUGUGUGGAAUACUGUGACUGCAUUUGAAUGAAGUGAUGUAGCAAGUGAAAUGUAAGGAAUGAGUGUCUAUUGCAAGAAAACCUGAAUCUUGAGGGAGUUGAUCUUUUUCAACUCUGAACCCUUAUUUUCUAAAACUGUAGCUCUGUGUAUAUAUAAUGUAUAGCUGUUAUUUAAAUUUUCUAUUUCCAAUAAAUAUUUUGAUAGUUACAAACUAUAAACCUGCA